AUGGUAGCUUUGAAGAUGGUUCCUUAUCUGGCGGCCCCGGGAGGGGGUGUAGCAUCAGGUGUGGGAGAGGGCAAGAGAUUUAAAGGCACCUCAGGUGACUAUAAAGUGGGACAACCCUCAGGCCGGAAGAGAAGACAUUCCCUCCUUCGAUGCAUGGGCAGCAUGGGCGUCUGCAGGACAGCUUGCAGGAAGAUAGAGCAUACCUACUUCUACUGCAGAAAUUACCAAUCGUGCUGUCUCCAGUCCUUCAUGAGGAUCAACGUGGCUGGCAAAGACGAACCUGGUGUUUUGUCCUAUGCAAAGCACUGGCCCAAGAUACCCUGA